GUCAGUCGAUGAGAGAGGUCGGGAAGAACUACAUCGACACUGGCUUCAAGAAUGCACUUCUUACAUAUUUUGCUGGCAACAGUUGCCAGUAUUUAUUAUGUGCAUGCUACAGACAUUAAUAACAACUACAGAACGCGACAAAUACAGUCUUUUGAACGUAGGAUUAUGAACGGAGGGCUCCACUGGGAUGCUGUACAAAAGCGUCUUUACUGGGUACAGUCGGGCUUUGGUGAUGAAGAGAUGGCCAUCGUCUGCUACGACCCAGUCGGCAAAGUCAUCAAGACAGCUACAAUAGGCGGGGAUCAAGAAUCAAAAGAAAAGCUGAAACCUUUGUCCAUGGUGAUUCGAGUGGAAGGGACGGUGGACAAGCUGCUUAUAGGAGUGAAAGAUAAACUAGCUGAGAUACAGUGGGAUUGUAUAAAUGACAUGGUUAUCACAAAUGAAAAUAUAGUUUUCUUGGACGCUCGUGCAAGAGAUGAAGCCGAGCGUUUUAAUGAUGGAAGAGCGGACUAUGAAGGACGUCUUUGGGCUGGUACAAUCACACAAGAUCCUAAAACAGAGCUGUUUCAGUAUAAAGCUAAUUCUGGUGAUAUCUACAGUAUUGACGUAGGUAAAGAUGCGCAAAUAAAGGUCGUGGGAAAGCAGAUAAUUAACGGCUUUGAAUGGAGUUUGGACAAGACAAAGUUAUACUAUAUAGAUUCACACUAUUCUGACAAGUAUAUUGUGUACCAGAGGGACUUCACAACGGACCCAGCAAAGGAAACCGUUCUUUACAAAGUCUGGGAUGAAGAAAUAGGAGAUGCCAGUUAUAAUACGCCUAUAACGAUGCAUGGCAAUGGAAUGGCAAUCGACAAUGAGGGACAACUGUGGGUCACAGUGUAUGCACAUCAAAAGAUUAUUCGAAUUGAUCCAUCUACUCGCACAAAAACGGCAUCAAUUCCUUUAUUCAAAUCUAAGUGGCCAACAUCUUUGUGUUUUGGCGGCGAAAAUCUCGACAUUCUUUUUGUAACAACUUCUCGUAUUGAUAAUAACAGCAAUGACAAAAGAACGUACCCAGAAUCUGGAUCUACUUACAUGAUUACUGGGCUCGGGGUGAAAGGAGCGGGACCCAGCAGACCCGUAAAAGUUACAAGACCUGAUGAACCUGGGACUUCUGAUCCCAACAAGAGAAGGAAGUUAAAUGGCUAACUCAUUUGUAAAUAUUUCAAAAAUGA